AAACCGUCGUGAAGUUAGGAGAAUCCUGCGGGGAAAGUCUUUUCAGCCGUACGUGGUUCGUUUGCUGUAAACACCAUACAGCUGUUAUUUAACAAAGAAUCCUCACCUAGUCAAAACCUCCCCUGGCCCUGACCCACUGCUGAUUAGAAAAGUGUGUGCUCUCAAGUAACAAGACAAUACAGCUUCCUUCAACAAGCUACUGUAGAGAGGAAGACGUCGCUCUCGCAUCACUGAUGUCUUUAUCCGUGUCACUUUUGAUAUCAGUGCUGGAUUUAGGCGCAGUGUUUUUUAACGGACGACUGUUACUGAGCUGCUUCAUAAGAAACACAAAGUACAAGUUUGUUCAAAAGUGCUGGAUGUUGGCAAGUCUUCAGGCUGCUAGUCAAGUUGCAAUUCUUGUUGCAGAUGGCAUAGAAUGGUGGAAUGGCAUCCAGAUUCAACCUACCGAGUCCUGUAAUGUCUUCAGAGUUCUCUCCCUUUCAAUGUUGUUUUUCCAAAUUUGUAUCCUGACGGCAAUCGUAACAGUUUGUUAUGAGCAUUUGGCAGGACAUAAAGAACGAAAAUCAUUUUCUUGCCUUUCGAUGUACACAGUGCUUCUUCUGGGAUUUCUCGGUUCCGCAAUUAUCUUUUGGCACUGUUGCUUCACGCGAACGCCUACUUCUCAAGCCGUCCUUAAAGUUGCACUGAUUUUGACCUCGUCUUUUGUCGUCUAUCUGCUUUCCGCAGCCUUGGCUAAAAGUGAUGCUGAAUACAACAAAGAAAUCACCUCACUCAAAUCAAACGCCUCAAUGAAUUCGCGCCUUUUGUCAUGGUCUUGGAAAGCUUGGGAAGAAAACAAGGAGUCCUUGUUCUUAACAGUUUUGUUUACAGCAUGUUCGACGCUGAUUUUCAUUGGAGCGGCCCAUGCUAAUCCCGAAUCAGCUCUGUGGGGUCGCGAUUUGAAAGGAGAGAUGUUGUUCAAUGGAAUUGUUUAUCACCUAAUUCCUAAAUUUUGUGUGGGAACGGGUUUACCAGUAACAGUGUAUUAUUUUAUUAAUUUGAGCUAUUCCGGAAAGAAAGAAAGAGACAGUAUAAUUGAAACAAUUUGAAAGAUAACUUUGCCAUUAACUAUGGAGACUGAGGUGGAACUUCGCUUAUAAGAAAUCGGUUUAUUCGAUGAUCCCUUUCUUAUUUGCAACUCUUUGAGUCACAGUACAUAGCAAAAUUAUUUGUUAUUCCUCUUUC